AUGAACAGCAGUAUGCUCGACAGAGAACAAUUAUCUCUUAAAGAAAUAUCAAAAUUACUUAAUACUCAACCAUAUAUUACUGAACAUCUUGUACAUAUAUUUUAUUCAUCAACAGAUGCUGAUAAACAGAUAAAAACAAUAAGUAGACAUCAAGCACAAAAAUCAACACGUAUUUUAAAUAGUACUCUGAAUGUACGUGCACUUGUGUUAUUUAUGAUGCUUGAUGAAUAUCGUACUGAUUAUGUAACAAAUUAUGGUUUAAAACAAUUUUAUGAAAAAUAUUUUAAAAAAUCUUGA